AUGUCGGAAUACUGGAAAUCAACACCGAAAUAUUGGUGCAAGCAUUGCAGCACCUUUGUCAAAGACACCCCAUUUGAGCGCAAACAACAUGAGGGCACCGCUAAGCAUCAAAAUAACCUGAAACGAUUUCUUCGCGACAUACAGAACAGCCAUGAGCGAGGCGAACGGGAAAAGGAGCGGGCCAAGUCAGAAGUCGAGAGAUUGAAGGGUGUCGCUGGGGGUGAUACAAACAGAUCCUCGAGCCCUUCACCUUCCUCUCGGACGCAGACAGCCCAUUCCGCAUUGAAACCUUCCUCAGGCCCUCAAUCCACUGCAGAUCGGAAGAGACAAUGGGCGCAGCUGGCCGAGAUGGGGAUCAAAGUCCCCGAAGACUUCCGUUCUGAGAUGGCCAUGGCGGGUGACUGGCAGGUGGUGUCACAACAAACGAUUGAUGAGACGCCAUCAGAAGCCCCCCUGAGUAAAGGUGUCAAAAAGCGCAAAUACGAGGGUCAGGAUGAAGAAGAAGAGGAGAAGAAAGAAGCUGGGGAGGCUGUUGUGCGACGCGGAUGGGGUGCUGCCACCAAAAGAUAUCCUGGCCAUGACAAAGCCGAUCUUGACGACCUCUUGUCGAGUUCGAUCUCGGUGAAGAAGGAAAAUUCCGGAUCAUCGGGUGCGCAAUUUGAAAAACAAGAGAAGGACUCUUUACAACAGGGCAACAACCUUGUGCUCAAUCAAGAUGGGCGCCAAGGUGGAGAUUGUACCUCAGUCAAGGUGGAAUCCGCUCCCGGCAACCGCUCACACGAAGAUGAUCCGGUCUUGAAAGAGGAGCCAGGCUCAUCACAACCACCCAUGUCUAUGGACCAGAUUCCUGAGGACAUUCCAAUUCCUGUGUUCAAGAAACGUAAGGCUAAAAUAUCCUGA